GAGCGCGCAGCGAUGGCGGCGGCCGAGGUGGCGCGGCAGGGUGAAGGCUGUCGUACUGUCCCGCUCUCCGGACACGUGGGAUUUGACAGUUUGCCUGACCAGCUGGUUAAUAAGUCAGUUAAUCAUGGGUUUUGUUUCAACAUCCUGUGUGUGGGGGAAACUGGCCUUGGAAAGUCCACCCUCAUGGACACCCUUUUCAACACCAAGUUUGAAGGUGACCCAGCAUCUCACUCACAGCCUGGGGUCCAGCUGAAAUCCAGUACCUAUGACCUGCAGGAGAGCAAUGUCAACCUCAAGCUGACUAUUGUGAGCACAGUGGGCUUUGGGGAUCAGAUCAACAAAGAGGACAGCUACAAGCCCAUCGUUGAGUUCAUUGAUGCUCAGUUUGAAGCCUACUUGCAAGAAGAGCUGAAGAUAAAAAGGGUCUUGCACAACUACCAUGACACCCGGAUCCACGCGUGCUUGUACUUCAUCGCUCCGACCGGCCAUUCCCUGAAAUCCCUGGACUUGGUAACCAUGAAGAAGCUCGACAGCAAGGUGAACAUAAUUCCCAUCAUUGCCAAAUCUGAUGCCAUUUCCAAGAGUGAGCUGACCAAAUUUAAAAUUAAAAUCACAAGUGAACUGGUCAGUAAUGGGGUGCAGAUCUACCAGUUCCCAACAGAUGAUGAAUCGGUGGCAGAGAUAAAUGGGACAAUGAAUGCCCACUUGCCAUUUGCAGUGAUCGGGAGUACGGAGGAGCUGAAAAUAGGAAACAAAAUGAUGAAAGCUCGUCAGUACCCUUGGGGCACAGUGCAGGUGGAGAACGAAGCUCACUGUGACUUUGUGAAGCUGCGGGAGAUGCUGAUCCGCGUGAACAUGGAAGACCUUCGUGAGCAGACCCACACACGCCACUAUGAGCUCUACAGGCGAUGUAAACUGGAAGAGAUGGGUUUCAAGGACACUGAUCCAGACAGCAAACCCUUCAGCUUACAAGAAACUUACGAAGCCAAAAGAAACGAGUUUCUGGGAGAGCUGCAGAAAAAGGAAGAGGCAAUGAGACAGAUGUUUGUCCAGAGGGUCAAGGAAAAAGAAGCUGAGUUGAAGGAGGCUGAAAAAGAGCUGCAUGAAAAGUUUGAUCGCCUGAAGAAAUUGCAUCAGGAUGAAAAGAAGAAGCUGGAGGAUAAGAAGAAGUCUCUGGAUGAUGAAGUAAAUGCAUUUAAACAAAGGAAGACAGCAGCUGAAUUGCUUCAGUCACAGGCUCAGCAGGCUGGAGGGUCGCAAACUCUUAAAAGGGAUAAGGAAAGGAAAAAUAACCCAUGGCUCUGUACUGAGUAAUUACCCCUGAAUACAAGGCCUGGAAUGGACCUUCAUUUACUUGUUAAAUCGGAGGGUCUAAUAAAACAUGACAGCAUUUCAGCUGUGACCUUUCCAGGGUGUUAUCCUUGCUCUCUCCUAUGCUCUCGUUGUGAUUCUGUUUUUACUAUGUACUGGUGGUUAUUGCUUUUAUUAAACAAUGUAAAAUUAGUCAUAACAAGGUUCUGGAUGCUACAACUUUAAAUCCUGCCAUUUUUUCCCCCCUACAAUUAAUGGAUUCCCCUUUUUCCUGGUCUCGUUCCACCCAGCUAAAUAAGGGAUAUGGAAAUAAGUUCUGUGAGUUAUUUUUGCUGGCGAAAUAACAACGCAGUUUAAAUAUAUUUAUUGAUGACAUUAAAAUGACAACACCAUCUUAGUUUAAUUAUCACGUGGUUCAGAGAUAAAACACGCUUUUCUCAUUCUAUUUGUUGUCAUUUUCAUGACAUCAUCUGUCUUUUUUCAUGUGCUUUUUUUUUUUUUUUCCUUUUGCUAAUUCAUGCUAUCUGAAGACCAGCAUGCAAAUCCUGGUUUCCAUUUCAGAUUUGUGUGUGCUGAAUCCCCACGUCCUGCCCCUCUAAAGCCCAGCUGUGUGCUGCCAGGCAGCCCCCCAAACGCCCAGGUCCUGGCCUUGCAGGAGAUGAGCACACUCAGGCCUGGCCCUGGUGCUGUUCAGUGCCAGCUGCUGUUUCACCUGCUGGGGUUUUACUGAGCAGUGCUCUGCGUGGUGCCAGGGCUCAGCAGCAGUUCCAGCUCAGGGCCAGCCUGGCUCCAGCUCACAGCAGCAGCCCCAGGUCAGACCACGGUUCCUCCGUCCCCAGCAGUCAGGGCAGCCCAAACUCUUGGUUGUAAUGUAUUUUCUCAGGUAUUGUUUUACCAUAAACACCAUUUCAUUUCCAUAGAGCUCUUUGAUUGCUUUGAGAUUUGUUUAGCAAGUUGAAAUAAUUUGAAUAUUUUCUUCUUCCUCUACUUUUGAAUGUUUCCCUGCUCCUAAAACCAGUCAAUAUUAAUCUGUCAAUGAUUUCUAGAUUAUCUGCUAAAAAGACAAUUGAAUGUGACAUUUUUUACCAUACUGCAGGUCAUUGUCUGUUCUUCCUGACCAUUUGCCUUAUUAGAAUGUUGUUUAGUUAUGUAAAAUCUUUAGAAAGACUUUAAAGAAAGAAAGGUUUUUAUUUGUGUGAUUUCCCUGAAGUACUUGAGGUACCACAAGGAGGUUCCAUCUCUCCUCUGUCAGCUGUUUCCAUGUUGCAUCUCUUUUUCUUGCUUUUUGAAUGUCUUUCUCUUUUUUGCUAAUCUUCUGUUUUUUCUCUUUUUUCCCCUUUU